AUGUCCGACGACAAGUACCGCGAGUGGAUACUGGACACUAUUGACUCGCUCCGGUCCCGAAAAGCCCGACCGGACUUGGAGCGAAUCUGCCGAAUGGUCCGGCGUCGCCACGGGUGCGAGCCCGACCAAACGUGCGGCGAGCUGGAGAAGCUCAUACGCGAGCAGACGGUUCUCAAAGUCAACUACAAGGGCUCAAUUUCAUACCGGAACGCCGCUAAGGUUCAGCGGAGGUGCCGCAAGAAGGACGACGCGGUGACGGCGUCUGCUGCGGUGGCGUCAGCGUCGGCGUCUAUCGCGGCCGUCAACGACGCCACUCACUCGGACUUAAGCAACGGGGACAGCGCGCUCGGCCCGGCGGACCCGGACGACGAAGACGAUGACGACGAGGCUGACACCUCCAUGGCCAUGGACACGGACAGCAACCUGGACGAAGGUGACGAAAGCCGGGACGGCCAAGACGGACCCUCCCUUGCCCCCGCUUGCGCGACGGCGACACUAUCCCGAGCGGCAUCUGCGCCCUGCUCGCCUUCUCACGCUCGCCCCGGGCUCGGUCCCGGUCCAGAAUUUGUCCCCUCCUUCCAAACGGCGGUUGGCAGGCCCAGCUCUUUGCCCCCUUUGAGUCCCAAGAUCCUCACACACCACGACUGGGCUAACGGGAUUACCGUCUGCCCGGGGGAGCGCCAGGAACAGACGAUGCCCAUAGAUAAAGCGCCAGUCCACCCCGUGUCAGUCUGUCCUAGUGUCUCAGGGAAUAACGCCAAGGACGAGGACAAGAUGGAGGACAGCAGCCCACUCUCAGACCAGUUGGUGCCGGACUACGCCGCGCAACUGGAACGAAGCGGUGACUCAGUAGAGGUUCGAGCACAGAGUCUGUCUUCAUCAGAAGAUGGUGCUUCAAAGAAGAACGCAGCUACGCUCUCCUCCUUCGCACAAGUCGAGAGCGUUCAUAUAAACGGAGACGAUAAAAGCGACGACGUCUCGGUGAAAAAGGAGAAGAUGAGUCAGAACUUGCUGCACUGGACGGUGGCCGACGUUGCCAGUUACUUUGCCGACGCUGGCUUUCCGGAGCAGGCGCUAGCGUUCAGGACGCAGGAAAUUGACGGCAAGUCGCUGCUGCUCAUGCAGCGCAGCGACGUGCUGACCGGCCUGUCCAUCCGACUGGGCCCUGCGCUCAAGAUCUACGAGCGCCACAUCAAGGUCCUGCAGAGGAGCCACUUUCUGGAAUGUGACGACCUCUGA